AUGUCUCGUUGCGUCGUUGGAAAAAUUUUUACAUCGUGUCGAGAAUUGAAAAAUCACACGGAGAAAAUAUUCGAUUCUUUGAUCGUAGGAACAAAUUUGGCACCACACGGUCAAUUUAAAAAUCCUAAACAUGAAACGAUACCGAUUUUAAGAAAUUAUAAAAACGUUGAAAUUUCGUCAGAUUUAAAAGAGGAUUGCGUUUAUGCGAAAAGUCAAAAUUAUUUAAUUGAAUACACGUCGUCGACGGCAAGUAAAACGGGACGAUUCGUUAAUACAAUCAUAGGGUUAAGAAUUGAUAGGGAUAUUAUUAAAAAUGAAUCGUUUAACGAUUUCGAUGGAUUAUUAACGUCACGUGUCACUUUUGUAUUUGUCCCAUCGUUAAACGUCACGGACAAAAGGUCAAUAUUUUGGGAAAAAAUUUUCUCUACGGAACUAUCGGAAAAUUCAUGGUUAAAUAUUUUCAACGGUUUUGAAGACGAAGAAAAUGGCGAACAAACGAACAACGACACGUUUUGGUGUUUUUUUAUUUUAUUAUUUACAUUCAUACUCAUGCCAACAAUGAAACUCAUCGUUAUUGACGGAAAAUGA